AUGGCGGGCAGACCGCCGGAACAGACGACGGGAGAAUUGCCUCCUGACAGUCCUCUAUGGACGUAUGAUAUACCAAAUGGCAAGGCUCUCAAUUCAGGGCUCCCAAAACUGCCCGGAUUGAACGUUGAGAUUUUUUUCGGCGUUCAAAAUAACCGUCCGCGGUGGUUGAUAGUACCUGCACCAUGGACGGUACUUCCUAAGGAAAAUACCCCAGGUGGAACAGACCUGCAGGAGAAACGUGCUGACCCAAAGAGUCCUAAAUUCAAUGGCGCCGAAAUCUUUUGCUGGGAAUUCGAUCCUCCUCCCGAGCAGAAGAAUGACCGAGAGCUUUAUAGACAUGCCUAUGAUGCGCUCCGAGAGUCCCUCCGAAAUCCUAGAUUUAGGGAAGAAGUGAGAGACUAUAUUCAGCAACGAUUUCCAAACCUCUUGCAAAAUAGGGAGGAUGUGCUCCCACGGCUUCCUAUGCCCCCCGAUGGUCGACCAUCCCUGAAGAGACAGGAAGCCAUUCCAAAUACAGCCAGCCCGCAGUACAGUUGGUUCGAUCGCCCGAUGCUCGUCUCGAAGCCUGGGUCAGCUAUAUCAGCCGGCAAUGCUCUCCCAGGCGCAGAUCCUACAACCCCGCCUUAUGAAGCAACCUCUCCCUCCUAUGCGUGGGAUGAUGAUGAUCCCGAAGAAACCGCUAAUCCCGCUCCGAUACCAGGCCCCUCAGAUGGGGAGACUGAACCUCACGCCGAGGUGGCUCAUGAGGGCGGCCUGAAUCCAUCACGACCAUCCCCGUUGAGCAACCAAGAAAACAUCCCGAUAUCCAAGCUACCAAGGCCGAAACCCACCACGCAGACUAGCCAGCCAGUCCCAAAAGAGGCUGCAGCAGCUGCAGCACCUCCACCACCCAACCUACCAGAUCCAAUCCCCACCAACCAAGCCGGCCAGCAAAUCUCCAAGGGGGCCGCCCCACCCCCAGCCCCGGAGCAGGAGGGGGAGGGGAAGGGAGAGGGGAAGGAAGCAACCGAAACCACAACCGACAAAACCCAAACCCAAACCAGCAGAAAGACCGCCCCCACGCCGUGGCGCAGCCGCGAGUACACGGACAAGCUGGUCCAGGCAGCGGCCGACACGCUCCUGAAGAAUGCCCCGACGUACUGGCCGCCCGGGAGGAUCCGGCGCCGGAUGAGGAUGUGGUCCGGCGUCGAGAUCCGCGAUCGCACCACGAUCGGGCUCGAGGGCCAGAUCGACCAGCUGCCACCGUUUCCGGGGAAGUUUGACCCGUCGGCGGACGCGGUGGGGACGACGCUGAAGCGGAAGCGCGGGAGGGCGCCGAAAGCUGCUGCGGCGGCGGCGGAUGAUGCUUCGAAGCAGGCGGCUCCUGAAGAUGGGGAUGGGGAUGGCGAUGGCGAUCAGGCCCCGAAACCUGCUGCGAAGCGGACUACGAAGCAGGCUCCGACGCGCGAUGUCUUCUCCAUUAAUACGAGGACCCAUGGGAGUUUCUCGAAGACGGCGAGGAAGUGUCGCAGGAGUAAGAGGAUUAGUCGCGCGAGUCGGAAAAAGAAGAAGUAG